GUCCUGUCAAUUGUCAUUUUCGUCUAACAAUGGCGGACUUGUAAAUGCAAACGUAACGAUUUACGGCAUGCUUUUGAUUGUUAAUUCUGUGGAUAGAGUGGUGUUACAUCGAUAUCUAUCAUUAUUAGUGGACACAUGACCUAUUAAGGAAAUAGAUUUUUGUAAUACACAAGCAAUGUCGCGCGAGUUUGAUCACCUUUUCAAACUGCUGAUAAUCGGUGACAGUGGUGUCGGGAAGAGCUGCCUGCUCCUGCGGUUUGCGGACAACACGUUUUCCGGUAGUUACAUUACGACGAUAGGUGUAGACUUCAAAAUAAGAACGUUAGAAAUAAAUGGUGAGCGGGUGAAGCUGCAGAUAUGGGACACGGCGGGGCAGGAGCGGUUCCGCACGAUCACCAGCACGUACUACCGCGGCACGCACGGCGUCAUCGUGGUCUACGACGUCACCAACGGGGAGUCCUUCGCCAACGUGAAGAGAUGGCUGCACGAGAUCGAACAAAACUGUGAUGUGGUCAACAAAGUAUUAGUUGGUAACAAGAAUGACUGUCCAUCGCGGAAAGUAGUAAUCACGGAAGAUGCCCAGCGGUUUGCGAGCCAAAUGAACAUCCCAUUAUUUGAAACCAGUGCAAAGGAAAACAUCAAUGUGGAGGAAAUGUUCCUCACUAUCACUAAAAUGGUUUUAAGAUCGAAACUGGAAAUGAAAGAACGACAGAAUGUUACAUCAAACGACACAGUGAACUUGAAGAAGGCACACAAAACAAAGAAGAAAAACUGCUGCCAUUCCUAGAGAUACACCGGGCGGUCGCCGGGACUCUAUAGGACAUGCUCAAAGGAGACCCCUGUGCACAACCCACACACACCAGCCGCACCAAUAAGUGUACACUCAUGAAAUUUAACAUUUUGUAAGUUGAGUAUUUGUAUUAUGAUCUCUUUGGCAACCUCACUUUGGUAGUUAACAGUGAUGGCCUUAUUUCAGUACUGAAGCGGAGGUUCAGACCUUGACCAUACAUUCACACACUCCUUGUUAAUUAUAUCAUGUUUACUUUGGUAUUUCACAUGAAUUCUGUUUAAUGGGGAUUAGUCAUGGUAUUGUGAAAGCCAUUUUCAACUUGUAUCAUGAAAUUUUCAUGUUAGCACAUACAGGUACAGGUUAGCAGAUUAGCAGUGCUCUGAUAGUAAGUGGCAAAGGGAAAAUGUGAUUAGUAUAUUUGUGAAUACCAGUUAUUGGCAACAUCAACAAAUGCACAAUAAUAAACAGUUUGGUUACAAUAAUUUGAUGUAGUGUCGGGUUGAAACUUCUCAUGAGCGGUGUAAUGAAUGUGGAAUUCUUGUCUCCACCUUUUAUAUUAGGAGCUGAAUGCAUAGUUAAUGUGUAAUAUAUGAUUGUACUCUCUUUGUCAACAUUUAUGUGAUGGAGUGUUGUGUAAGGAGCGGGUACUCAUGUGUAGAUGUGUACCACUAAAGUUAUCGUUAAUUUCUACUUUCUAUUCCAAUAAUUAAUCUAAGGUGUGAUUCAGUGGUCAUUUACAGAUUCAUCACAUAAACAUUGAUUUCUUGAAGCUAAUACAUCAAGAUAGGUAUAUUUUACAUAGGGAAAGUAUUAUAAUUUUGAAACAAUGUACUAGUAGUAUUUAUGUAUGUUAUUGGUAUUAAAAGUAAUAUUUUUAUUGUGUAAAUUGAAACAUACCAUUAGCAUAGGGACUUAGGUAGGUGUCACUUAUGUUGGCUAAAAUAUCAAAGCAUCAAUUAAUUUCAUAUUGAAUCAACAAAAUAUAUUAAAACCAUUAGUGUACUCACUAACUAAGGUUGUGUGGUACAUGGCAGCGUUUGAUGAUUGUAUGGAAUGUAUUGCUAAUUGGGACUAUAAAUUAGUGCAAGUGCAGUAAGGGUCAAAUUUAAUUAAAAAAAACUUAGUAUAAAGUGAUGAUUGAUGCAAUAUCUAAAUAAUGAAUAGUAACAUAAUAUUAACAAUGCAAUGUGUGUAUCUGCAGCCAGUGUGAACCGACCCUUACCUGAGUUACAUCAUCAAUCGGACUGUCUCGAAAUUACUAUGUUAGUAAAGUGUUACACAUUAUUAUCUUGUAACAUGUUCAUAUCAUUGUAUGAAAUUAUCCAAAAUUAAGGUACCUAAGACUUGUUUGUGUAUAAUCUUUU